AGCGUGUGUAGUAGUAGUUUCGACGUGUUAUCGAUACGUUUGACUUGUCGGUUUUUGCCUGAACAAGCGCGAUUGUGCGGUUUUUCACAAGUGUAUACAUAUCCCCAACCCUGUCAGUCGCAAAAAGUCGUUCGUGGUGAGCGGUUGCACAUAUGCCGCGAUUAACCGCAAAUUCAGGCGAUUAUUUUCCCUGAAUAAUUAUUAAUUAUUGGUCUAAGAUUGCUCCAAGGACGAUGGCGAGAUCCAUGAAGUAAUUUAACACAUCGACUUGUUUUUGUGAUUAUAUUCCCACAGUAGGAAGACGUAUUAUGCAGGAAAACAAUGAUAAUUUAUCAUCAAAUAAAACACGAAAGAAGAGAAACUGUACACUCGUCGAAGAAGACGAAAAUCGAGUAAGGAACCCACCGAAAAAGAGGAAGAGUAAUAGAUGUGAUGUCAGUUUUGUAUCUAGUGCUUCAGCAUCAGACUCAAAAUCUUCUCCAUCGUCCGUGAAGGUGGAAGCUAAGUCAAAACAAAUAAUGACGAACAAAACACCAGCGAUGUUAUUGCAAGAGUUAUCCACGCAGAGAUGCGGACAUGGUCCCACUUAUGAUUUAAUAACUCUGCAACAAGGUACACAUGAAAAUCUUUUGAAUACGUUGUUCACGUUCUGGAUAUCUCUGCAACAGGACGAGGACGAUCAAAAAGAAGCAAAGCAAGAAACUGCAAAGAAUGCAUUACUCCUUCUCCAAGAUUACUUAAAAGUGAUUGUGAACCAUUCCUUGCCCAAACAUCACAACAGUUAUCACCUGAUGAUGAAAGUGAAUUACCAAAAGUCGUCAACUAUAUUGGAGAAUUAGACGAUCUUUGCUUGAGGAAUAAUAUCACAGGACUAGAGUAUGAUCUCAUUGAUGAUUGUGGCCCACCACACCAAAAGAUUUUUACCUAUGAAGGUAGACUUGGACAAUCUAUUAGGUGAGGAACACGGCUAACACGAAGAAACAGGCGAGGCAAAAUGUCGCCAAGAUGAUAUUAGAGCGCUUGGAAGGUAUUGAAAUCAGUCCAUAUUUUGGUAUGAGUGUAUGGGACAUGACCACGCAUUUGACGUAUCAU